UAGCCUCAGCGUAAGUGUCAGCUGUUCCGGAAGAGAAGUGGCAGCCCUGGUCUUGGUGAUACACAAUUUGCUCAUAAUCAGUUUUUCGCCCCCGUCGAAAUAAAAUUAAAUUGUAAAUAUCCGAGCAGCUGCCUGAGCAGACCCCUUAAAAAUGAUACGCUUCAUACUCAUACAAAACCGAGCUGGAAAGACUCGCCUGGCCAAGUGGUACAUGAACUUCGAUGACGACGAGAAACAGAAACUGAUAGAGGAGGUGCAUGCCGUGGUCACAGUGCGCGACGCCAAGCACACCAACUUCGUGGAGUUCCGCAAUUUCAAGAUCGUCUACCGACGCUAUGCGGGCCUCUACUUCUGCAUCUGCGUGGACGUGAACGACAACAAUCUAUGCUAUCUGGAGGCCAUCCACAACUUCGUGGAGGUGCUGAACGAAUACUUCCAUAACGUGUGCGAGCUGGACCUGGUGUUCAACUUCUACAAGGUGUACAGCGUGGUGGACGAGAUGUUCCUGGCGGGCGAGAUCCGGGAGACCUCGCAGACGAAGGUGCUCAAGCAGCUGCUCACGCUCAACUCGCUGGAGUAGAGGUCCAACUCACAGCCCGGAUCCGCCAGAUGCAUUCCCCCAGGCGUUAUACCCGCUUAUCGAAUCUUCUUUCAUAUACUAUUACGCGUAUUAUUAUUAUUAUCUGUAAUGUGUUCUCUAUGCAAACACUCAAAUGUUAAAGGCCGUGUUUAGAAACAAAUGAUGUACCAUAAGAGAUUGUAUGCAAAAGCUACC